AAUAAGAAAAAUAAGAAUGUUCAUGUAUGUGGCGAGAAUAAAUUAAUUAGCCAGAUAACAUUGAGGAGUAUUUUUGAAUGUAGAUUAACGGACGUUGCUCUGACACAUGUUUACCAGUGCUAUCGGUAUAUAUAUUGAGUAAAAUUUCUGCAUCCAGCAAUUCAUCUCCAGUUUGCCACGCGAGCAGAAGUUCUUGACAUAACCUCAGUAAACAACGCAUUAUCUACCACUUUCAACAAGAUGAACAAGACGGUGUUCAACCAAACCAUCGACGAUAUCCUGGAGAAGAACUUGCCAGAGAAGGAACUGGCAGAAGUAAAACGCCUAUUAUACGGCCGUGAAUUACAAGAAUUGGAGCUUCCACAAUGGACAGGAAAUGUGGACCUUGAUGUCAAGGGAUAUGUUAUGGGUGGUGUGGUUCAAGAACAGUUAAGACCUUCUAGAAUUGUCAGAGUUGGAGUGAUUCAGCACACUGUAGUGUUACCAACAACUGAACCAUUGCAGAAGCAGAGAGAUGCUAUUCAUCAGAAAAUCCAGAAAUAUGUUAGCCAUGCAGCAGCCUGUGGUGUUAAUGUACUUUGUCUUCAAGAAGCUUGGGCUAUGCCAUUCAUAUUCUGUACAAGGGAGAAAUAUCCUUGGUGUGAAUUUGCCGAAGAGGUUGAGAAUGGACCAACAACAAUACUGAUGUCAGAGCUUGCUCAACGUUAUGGAAUGGUAAUCGUUUCUCCGAUUUUGGAGAGAGACACUGAAAAUGGCGACACCUUGUGGAACACAUCGGUGGUGAUUGGCACAGAUGGAAAAGUGAUUGGAAAACACAGGAAGAAUCAUAUUCCUCGCGUGGGUGACUUCAAUGAAUCUACCUAUUACAUGGAAGGCAACACCGGCCACCCAGUUUUCGAUACUUGCUUCGGACGCAUUGCUAUCAAUGUUUGCUAUGGUCGUCAUCAUCCUCAAAACUGGAUGAUGUUUGGUUUGAAUGGUGCAGAGAUUGUCUUCAAUCCAUCGGCAACUACUAGUCACACGUCAGAGCCACUUUGGUCCAUCGAGGCGAGAUGUGCAGCUAUAGCAAACAGCUAUUACACUUGCGCAAUUAAUAGAGUUGGAACCGAAGUCUUCCCCAAUGAGUUUACAUCUGGAGAUGGUGCUCCAGCGCACCGUGACUUUGGACAUUUCUAUGGAUCCAGUUACAUCACUGCUCCCGAUGGUACUCGUACUCCUGGUUUGAGCCGUUGCAAGGACGGACUUUUGGUCUGCGAAGUAGAUCUGAACUUGUGUCGUCAGAUGAAAGACUUGUGGUGUUUGAGAAUGACCCAGAGAUUGGACAUGUAUGCCAAAGAACUUACCAAGUACGUGGAGAAGAAUCUGAACCUGGACAAAGAGAUGAACCAAUAAAUCAACACCAGAGUCAUCGAAAGUAUACAUUGUGCACAUUCCAUCUGUUGCCCUAUAUUUGUAUCAACCGGAAAAAGAGUGUGAAAAUUAUAUACAGAUACUUUUAAUGAUA